CGCGGCGAGUGCGGGGCCGGCAGCGGGGAUCUCAGGAUGCAAGGAGGACCCAGAGAGGCAGAGGGGACCCCAGGGUGCAAGGGAGUCCUGGGGGUGCAGAGGGGACCCCAGCGUGCACAGAUGACCUGCAAGAGGGACCUUGGGGGCAGAGGGGACCCGAGAGGGUGCACAGGGUUCCCUGGGUACCAGGGGGAUCCAGGGAUGCAGAGGGCUCUUGAAGUGCAAAGGGGAUCCUGUGAGGUGCAGGGGGAGCCCCAGGGUUUGAGGAGGACCUGGGGGUGCCAAGGGGUCCCAGCAAACCCUGGGCAGGCGGGAGAGCAGCAGCAGGGCAGGCCUGGAUGCCGCACACAGGGCUACAGAGCCGGAGCCGAGAUGCCAAGGGCAGGGGGCCCUGGGCUCUGCGCAGCCGGGGGCAGAGCGGGUGGGCAGGCGCCUGUGCCGUGCCCUGCGCCACGGCCGGGCUGAGUGCGCAGACAGGGGCCCGUGGCUGCAGCCUUGGCCACUGCGUGCCGUGGGGACCAGCAGGCCCCCGCGGGGCUGGGGCAGGGAUGGCUGCUGGACGCCUUGCUGGGAGCCCCAGCCCUGCGGUGCUGAGUGGCCAAGCACCGGGCGCCGCGGCAGGCGCUGCAUUUUGCUGGGAUGCUGCGGUUCGGGGCAGCAGAGGUGAAAGCCGGCGGGGCACGGUGGCAGCUUCCACUCCCGCAAGGCAGGAAAACGUCAGGAGAAUCCGACACAAAUAAAAGUGACGCCACUCGAUGCAAUGAGUUUGGGAGGCCUCAGGCACCCAAAAAAAAAGGUGGCAAAGGUGGCAAAAAAGGGAAGGUGGGCAAAGCUGCAGCAGUGGUGGAUGGCUUGCCCCCCGAGGACAUGAACAAGGAUCAGCUGGAGGAACAUGUUGUACGUCUCCGGGAGGAGCUGGACCGGGAACGGCAAGAGCGCAACUAUUUCCAGCUGGAGCGUGACAAGAUUCACACCUUCUGGGAGAUCACUCGUCGGCAGCUGGAGGAGAAGAAAGCAGAACUGCGGAACAAGGACCGGGAGAUGGAGGAGGCAGAGGAGCGACAUCAAGUGGAGAUCAAGGUUUACAAGCAGAAGGUGAAGCACCUGUUGUAUGAACACCAGGAAAACCUCACUGAGCUGAAGGCAGAGGGCACCCUGUCCAUGAAGCGGGCCCAGAAGGAUCACUGGGCUCAGGAGAUGGAGCUGCGUAAAGACGUGCGCUCCUUGAAAGUGGAGCUCAAGGAGCAGGAGCUGGCCAACGAGGUGGUGGUGAAAAACAUGCGACUGAAACAAGAGGAGGAGAUCACACAGCUGUGCAGUGACUUUGAGAGACAAGUGAAAGAGAUUGAGGCCAAGUACAACAAGAAGAUGCAUAUGCUGCGGGAUGAGCUUGAUCUACGCAGAAAGACAGAAAUCCAUGAGGUUGAGGAAAGGAAGAACAGCCAGAUCAAUGUGCUGAUGAAGAACCAUGAGAAGGCCUUCAGUGACAUCAAGAACUACUACAAUGAUGUCACCCUCAAUAACUUGGCGCUCAUCAACACACUCAAGGAACAGAUGGAGGAGAUGAAAAAAAAAGAGAAUCACUUGGAAAAGGAGAUGGCAGACAUGCUGCUCCAGAACAAGCAACUGACGGACCACCUGCAGCGGGCCCAGGAGCAGGUGUCUGAGCUGCAGAAGAAGGUGGCCCACUAUGAGAAGGACAAGGAGGCUCUGACGAACACAAAGGCCCAUCUGAAAGUCACCCAGAAGGAACUGAAAGAUCUUCAGUGGGAACAUGAAGUGCUGGAACAGAGGUUCAGUAAGGUGCAGGCAGAGCGAGAUGAGCUCUAUCAGAAGUUCACCAAAGCUAUUAAUGAGGUGCAGCAGAAGACUGGCUUCAAGAACCUCCUCCUGGAGCGCAAGCUGAAGGGACUCUUCAACAUCCUGGAGAAGAGGGAGGUGGAGCUCAACGAAGUCCUCUCGGCCUCCAACCUCGACCCGAGCGCCCUCUCCUUGGUCUCACGCAAGCUGGAGGACGUGCUCGAUUCCAAGAACAACACCAUCAAGGACCUGCAGUUUGAGCUGGCACGAGUCUGCAAGGCACACAAUGACCUGCUGCAGACGUUCGAGGCCAAGCUGACAGCCUUUGGCAUCCCUCUGGACAGCCUGGGCUUCAAGCCCCUGGAGAUCCCUAUGCUGGGGCAGACCAUGGGGCAGGGCCCCGCAGGACUCGUCGCUGCGCCCACGUGACGCCAGCGAACACGUUUGUGCCUUGUCUCCGGUCAGGCUCCCCUGCACGCGUGGGAGGGCCCUGCGCUGCGAGGGGGCCCUGUGCUGGGCGGGGAGCAGGGCUGCGCUCUGCCAGUUCGUGCUCUGCACCAUUAAACAGACCCCAGCAAGUCUCCUGAA